AUGAAUCAACUGGCUUAAGGUAUUUAUUUUAUAAAUCUAGGGAUUUCAAAGCUUGAUAUCUUUGGUUAGACAAUUACAUUAAAAAUGAAUAAAGAUAACUAUUACAAGACAUUCUUUGGAGGUGUGGUUUCCAUUUUACUUUUCUUAAUUAUCAUCAUGUUUUUUUCAUCAAGCAUAAAAUCAUUUUUCAGUAAAGAAACUCUUAUAACCACUGUUCUUACUAAUUUUGAAGAAAUACCAUCAUCUUCAAUUAUCAAUGAUGACACAAUUUUAUUCGCUAUUUAAAUAGAUUAAGAGAACUUUUUGUCUAGACCAUUUUUUGACAUUGAAGUUCUCUAAGUAUCGGAGACAAGAUAAACUAAUGGAAGUAAAAUAAGAGAGGAGUAAUAAAUUUAAUUAGUCCCUUGCACACUUGAAAGAUUUACUAAAAUCUUUGAAUAAUAAAAUAAGAACAUUAGUGAAACUUAUGCAGAACUAAAUAUAGAUAAUUUUCUCUGUUUCAAGUAUUAAAAUUUAAUAUAAUUAGAAAAAAUGCCACUUUCAUUUUAGAAGGCACACAUUCAAGUAAUAUUUUAUAUAAUUGUAAAAAAGGUUAGAAAUUCUCAUAUCUCAAAAUAUCUAUUAAGAAAUGCAAUUAAACAUAGAAAUGUGCAAGUUAAGAUGAAAGAGAUGCUGAAGUAAAAUUAAAUGGAUCUUUUAAAAUUAAAUUAUAUACAGUUAAUAAAGUUUAUAUUAAUAAUAUAUAUAGAUUUUAAAUCCAUACAAUCCAAGUGAAAAUUAUUUGCAGACUUAUAUAGACGAUUCCUUUUAUUUUAAUUUUUUACCAUCAAUAAUAAGUAAAUCAGCUAAUUUAUUUCUGAAAUAAUUUCAAGUUGAAAGUGAUCAAAGUUUAACUCCAUUUCAAUCUAUAACAAAAGAAAAGUUUUAUAUACUUGAUCAAUCAGAAAUAAGAGAAAGAGUUGAAUUUUACAAGGAAGGUAAUUUAGAAGUUGCUUCCAUUUUCUUAAGAAAAAGUCCAUACAAAACUUAAAUCUACAGAAGCUAUCUAAAAAUUGACAAUCUUCUUUCUAAUUUAGGUGGAAUGUAGUAGAUUCUUUUCUUCUUUUUAGGCCUUCUUUUAGCUUUUUAUAACAGAUUUUAAUGUAUUUUCAAAUUCUAAUUCUUAUUCUAGUGCUCAUUGAAUUGGCUAAUAAACUCUAUGAAUUUAUGUUAGUUGAAAAAUAAGCUAAAAGAAUGCAUGAAAAUAAUCUUAAUCUUGUCAAUCAGUUAAUUACUGAAAGAUAAUAUCUUGAUUCUAAAACUUCUGAAUGUGAUGCCAAAAUUUAAUUAUUAAAUCCAAGUUAAAUCAAUUAAAAGGAAAAUAAUACUAAAUUGAAAUUCGAAGAUUAAUAAUAAAUAAUAUUUAAAGCAAAACGAUAAGCAAAAUAUGCUAAAAAAUCAAUUAAAUUUUAUGAUGAAGAAUCAAAAAAGGCAUAUCGUAGUCAUAUUAGUAAUGGAUUGGAGUACUUCUAAUCUUAAAUAAAUCGUUUAAUAAGAAGAGCCAAACCUAUAAAAUUAAGUUUCCAAUUAUUAUUGAAUUAUGUCUCUUGUUCAAUAUUGUUUCGAAAUAAAAGAAAGAUUAUUCUAAUGAAUAAAGCGAUGUAAUUAUAAAUUUAUCUUUUUUAGGAAUCAAUUAUCAAGUCAAAUAGAUCUUUUUAAUAUUUUGACUAAAUUAAAUGAAAUCGAUAAAUUGAAAGAGGUGCUAUUAACUUCUGAUUAAUAACUUUUAUUCGACUUUACACCAAAACCUAUAAUAUCUUUAGAUUAUAAGGAUGUAAAGAUAGAUAGAUUUCUAAUUGAAUAAAAUUCAAGAUGUGAUUUCGAUUUAGAGUAAGGAUAUUUUAUUAAUAUACAAGAAUUAAAUAAAAAGAGAAAACCAUUAAAGAAGCAGAAACUCCAUAAAAAAGUCUUCAUCUUAAAGCUGAUUCUUAUUUAUAUGAACGUAUUUACAAAGUAAUGAUUUUAAUUUAUUUUAAAUAGGCAUAUGAUAAAGUAUUAAAUGGUUUAACUGUUUCAAACUAAUAUGAAUAGUACAUCAAUAAUUAGUUAAUAAAUUAACUAGGAGCAGAAGUUUAAACAAUAUUUAAACUUUCUAAACUUAUUGAUUUCUCAGUUUCAUUUUCUAGAACCUUUAGAAGAAAAGGAUAGAUAUUUCAAUAAGAAAAGUUGGAUCCUAUAAAUUAUUGA